ACUUGUUCUGCCUUCUUUUUUUUCCCAUCUCCCAAACACCAACUUUCUCUCCUCUCCUCUAUCAUCUUGUCCUCUAACCCAGUUCCCAAUUUUCUUUUCUCAUCAUCAACUUCAAUGCGUUGCUUAGUGGCCAUGCAAAAGGGUAAGAUCGAAGGAGAAGAAGGAGAGUGUACUUUUGAUGGAACUGUUGAUCUGCAUGGUAGUCCUGCAAUCCGAGGAAGAACUGGAAAAUGGUUUGCUGGAAUUAUCAUCCUCUUGAAUCAAGGUUUGGCAACCCUAGCAUUUUUUGGUGUUGGAGUAAACUUGGUGUUGUUCUUGACAAGGGUGCUUGAACAAGACAAUGCCGAAGCUGCUAACAGCGUCAGCAAAUGGACCGGGACUGUCUACAUCUUCUCUCUCGUUGGGGCCUUCCUCAGUGACUCCUAUUGGGGACGAUACAAAACCUGCGCAAUCUUUCAAGUCAUCUUCGUCAUUGGCUUGAUAUUGUUAUCCCUAUCGUCGCACCUUUUCUUGCUCAAUCCGAGGGGAUGUGGGGAUCGAACGACUAAAUGUGGGGCCCAUUCGAGCUGGCAGAUUGGGUCGUUCUAUCUCUCAAUCUACAUGAUUGCUCUUGGAAAUGGAGGGUACCAACCUAACAUCGCCACGUUUGGGGCUGACCAAUUUGACGAAGAGGACCCUAAGGAGGGACGCUUGAAGGUGGCCUUCUUCAGCUAUUUCUACCUAGCUUUGAAUAUAGGUUCACUCUUCUCAAACACCAUUCUAGGGUAUUUUGAGGAUGAAGGGAUUUGGGCUCUAGGGUUUUGGGCAUCUACUGCCUCGGCUUUCGCUGGACUAGUUCUGUUUCUUGUUGGUACCCCAAGGUACAGGCACUUCAAGCCCACUGGCAACCCUCUUUCCAGGUUCUGCCAAGUGAUCGUCGCCGCGGCAAAGAAAUGGAUGGUUGAGAUGACACCAGACGAGAAGAACAUGUAUCAAGAGAAUGAGGAGAGUUCUGUGAGUGGUGGCAGAAAGAUAGUUCACACUGAUGAAUUCAAAUUCCUUGAUAGAGCAACAUUGAUUACACCAAAGGAUUUGAACAGCCAGAAGGACAACCCGUGGCGGCUCUGCCCCAUUUCGCAGGUUGAGGAGGUGAAAUGCAUACUCCGAUUAAUGCCCAUUUGGCUAUGCACCAUAAUAUACUCAGUGGUUUUCACCCAAAUGGCUUCACUCUUUGUUGAGCAAGGUGCCGUCAUGAAGUGCACAAUUUCAAACUUCCGAAUCCCUCCGGCUGGCAUGUCUAGCUUCGACAUCCUAAGUGUAGCACUCUUCAUUUUCAUGUACCGCCGAGUACUCGAUCCACUAGUGAGCAGAAUCAAGAAGAAACCGGAUUCUAAAGGACUUACAGAGCUCCAAAGGAUGGGAGUCGGACUCGUCAUAGCAAUAAUGGCGAUGGUUUCCGCUGGGAUUGUCGAGUGCUACAGACGCAAGUACGCUAGAAAAGAUUGCCUUAAUUGCGAAGGCUCGAGCUCUCUGAGCAUAUUCUGGCAAGUCCCUCAGUACGCUUUCAUAGGAGCCUCUGAAGUUUUCAUGUACGUCGGCCAGUUGGAGUUCUUCAAUGCACAAGCGCCAGAUGGGCUGAAGAGCUUCGGAAGUGCACUUUGCAUGACAUCGAUUUCACUAGGGAACUAUGUGAGUAGCUUGCUAGUGACAAUGGUGAUGAAGAUAUCGACCAUCGACAACAUGCCAGGAUGGAUACCGGGAAAUCUGAACCGAGGUCAUCUAGAUAGAUUUUUCUUCCUCCUAGCUGCUUUGACAACCUUAGAUUUAGUUGUCUACAUUGUUUGUGCUAGGUGGUACAAGAGCAUCAAGUUUGAAGGUAAAUUUGUAGGAAAUUCGGAGGAAGACAAUGAACUUUCUGAUGUAUGAGGUGGAAAAAUGCAGGGUUCUAAUAAGGAAGAAAAUAAAAAUAAAAAGAGAAGAUGAGGUUGUUACAGACAGGUUUGGGCAGACUAGAUUUGAAGAAAGUAGGUAGUUGUGUGAGAUUAAGAGAGAGACACUUCUAAGUCAGCUCUCUUACAGCACUCUUUUUAUCCAACUUUACAACACCUACCUCAAAGAAUUUAAUCUGUCAAACAGGGUGUUAGGAGAGGUGGGUUGUUUUUGGUUUAUGGGUAUUUUGGGAAUUUCACCUCACUCUCAUUUGUUGGUUAUGUUGUAAAGCAUAGAAUUAACAUGUGUUUGUAGGGAGUUCCAAGUGUGACUAAUCGCCUCUCUUGGUAGUUUUGUCUGUUAAACACAUUUAUGUCAUGGGUGUUGUAGUCUUGGGAUGAGAUACUAUUUUAUCACAAGUAAAAGUACAUUUGGUAGUCCUUAUUAGUUGACUUAUUUAUCCUACAACCGUGUUGGGACCCUAGCACCCCCAGCUCCACGUGGGGCUCUGCAAGUGGAAGAUCAAAAAAAAAAAAAAAAAUAAAUAAAUAAAUUAUGGACCAAUCAGAAAACAGUGGGGGUGGUGGGGUCAACCCCACUGAGGUCUGAGGCACUUUCCUUUAUCUUAUUUGUUUUUAAAUAAAAAUGACCUGUGAAGUUUGCUUAUAACUUAUUUGAUUUUUCAGCUUAUUUAGCUAAAAAACAAAUAAUAUUUUUCUUAUGCUACAACUCAGUAGCUAUUUUUAGCUUAUUUGAAAUCUUUAUAUACAUAUGGACAAAACAGUUUUGUCUCCUUUGUUUUAAUUAUAAUUUUGAGGGAAUUUUAGAUAUUUGCACAACAAAAAAACUAUGUGACAGGUUAUUCAACCAAACAGGUUCAACUCUUUUCACAAAUUAUCAAAGGUUGCAUUAAACAUAUUUAGAACUUAUUUUAAUUCUUUUAAGCUAAUAAUUUAACAAGUUAUAAUCAUAAAAACUAAUUCAUAACUAUUUGGCAUAAACUAAAUAAGUGCACUUAUUUAGAUAUAUACACUAUUUGGGUUACAUCACUUCUCUAUUUUUUGCACAUCUUUUUAUAAAAAGUCAAAAAAUAUAAUUAUUAAAUCAUCCCAAACAACCCUGGCCAAAAUCAACCUACUUUUGAUUCACAGAUAAGGGAUGGCAUAUGACUACUUCUUCAUCAAGGUAAAAUUAAUCUAUGUUUUUCUUCAGAUUUUAUGACUCGGGACAACUUAUCCAGAGAAUCUUCCAUCCCACAUAUGCAAGUUCAUUUUGUCCCAGGAUGUGGGACAACUUGUCAAGGUAUAAGACUUUCGUCAUAAAAUGACUAAAACACCCUCAUUAGUAUAACUUAGACCAAGAUUUGUUAUUCCAGGAUAAGUUAAUCACUUCUAAUCCUAUCCGAGAAUUCAGCAUAACAUGCUAAUUGUUAUGUUGAAAUAUUUCAUGACACUGAUGCCAGUAUAACUGCUCCUACAAUAAUAAGGUCUCGAAGAAAUUCAUGAAGAAAAAAGGCAAAUCCUACAAGAUAUUCUAUAAAUACGGUUUCAACUAAGAAGAGUUCUAACCAAAAGGAGAUCUCUCUGCACAUUGUCACUAAUUCAACCCACAAAUAAAAUGCAUCCCAGGGGCUACCAAAACUUUGGUAUAGAUUCUAGUCUGAUCAAUUAGAGGCAAAAUUUGACUUCAAUGAAGUUCAUAAAAGCAGCAACAAUCAUAAUGUUCAAUAAAGUUCAACAAAACUAUUCUCAAUUAUGAUAGUUAGCACAAGGUAGACCGAGAUGGUAUUAGUCAACUGCACAGAAGAUUCCUAGCAAGGACAAGUUUUAUGAUACGAGCACAAAAUGAAUAUCAAAAGAUCCCAAGGUCAAGACUUAAAUAAAAGACAUUGCUCUAUAUAUCAUAAAUUUGAAAACAUUAACGGCAUUGGCAAUGACAAUAAAGAAAUUUAACAAUUCAAUUAUCAGAAUACGCAAACAAUUGAUUGCAAAAUUUUGGGGAAGGACUGUUAUGCUAUAAUAGAAAUUUUCAAAAGAGUAACAUUUUUAUGGGGUUUCCUAUAAUUUUUUCUGCAAACCACGUGAUUGUUGGAAAUUCAAAAAGGCAAAUGAUCCUGA